GCGUGCUGUAUUCAGUAUGGAUGCUGUUUAGUCCGCUGUCAGCCGUUGCUGCUUGCCACCGUUAUAAAUGGCACGUUUGCAAUAAAAUAAUCACCUAUCAUCGUUGAUUCUGUUUCUGUCUGACAGAGCAAGGUGAAUAUCAAGAUGACUGACAGUGGGGAUCUUUGUCCUCACCUGGACUCUACUGGUGAAAUUACUAAGGAGGAACUUAUUCAGAAAUCAAAGGGCACGUGUCAAUCAUGUGGGGUAGGUGGCCCUAACCUUUGGGCAUGUUUACAGUGUGACUGUCCCUAUGUAGGCUGUGGGGAAUCGUAUUCAGAUCACAGUACUAUACAUGCGCAGACCAAAAAGCACAAUCUGACAGUAAACCUGACCACAUUCAGGGUGUGGUGUUAUGUCUGUGAGAGAGAGGUGUUCCUGGAACCAAAGCCUGUUACGCCUAUAUCAUCAGCUCACCGCUGCAAACCGCUUGAACAGGAUCCUCUACCCCAAAUGACAUGUCACUCAUUGAGGGCAGUGCCUAUCGCGGUGGCAGAUGAGGAAGGCUCAGAAUCUGAAGAGGAUGAACUAAAACCUAGAGGUCUCACAGGGAUGAAGAACAUUGGCAACUCCUGUUAUAUGAAUGCUGCCCUGCAGGCUUUAUCUAACUGCCCUCCUUUGACUCAGUUUUUCCUGGAUUGCAGUGGCUUAGUGCGUACAGAUAAAAAGCCUGCAUUGUGUAAAAGCUAUCAGAAGCUUGUCUCUGAGCUCUGGCACAAGAAACGGCCGAGUUAUGUUGUUCCCACUAGUCUCUUUCAUGGCAUCAAACUGGUGAACCCUAUGUUUCGGGGCUAUGCUCAACAGGACACUCAAGAGUUUUUGCGUUGUCUGAUGGACCAGCUUCACGAGGAACUAAAAGAGCCCCUAACUGAAUGCGGUGGUGCAGUCUUAGACAUCGACCCCGACCGCAGCUUUGAUAACCGUAACCAUGGUGAUGGAGACCGAAGCCCCUCUGAGGACGAAUUUUUAUCGUGUGACUCCGGAUCAGGGAGUGAAAGAGGGGAUGGAGACAGGUCGGGAGGAGAGGCGGAGCUGCUGAUCCAGGAUGAGUGUAUUGGAGUAAAAGAGAAUGGAGGGAUCUCAGAGAAAGAAAGGCUGAAGGAAAGAAAAGGAGAGGAGAGGACGCGGGAAAUUGAUGAAGAUGCAGAUGUGGACACGGCCGCAGAGAAUGGACAGGCAGAGAGAGGAACAAACUCAACCGCCAUAGCCGCAGCUGUGCAGGCACCAGGAAAUACAGAGCCUGAUAAUGAGGCUUCCAUGAACUGUCAAUCUUCUCGUCCCUGUAGCCCUGUCCACAGUAUUCAGGAGCUGCACUCCAAACUCUCCAGCACUCCACCGAGGUCCAGCCCUCUUAGAACUGGCCCGACUUACACUUUCAAGAAAGCUCAGAUGCUUCUGGGAACCAGGAAGAAGAAGCAGUCUCGUUUCCGCAGUGUUAUUUCAGAUAUUUUUGAUGGGUCCAUUCUGAGCCUCGUUCAGUGUUUGACAUGUGACCGGGUUUCAACGACGGUAGAGACAUUUCAGGACCUGUCCUUGCCUAUACCAGGUAAAGAGGAUUUGGCCAAACUCCAUUCCUCCAUUCAUCAGAGUGCUCCUGUUAAAACUGGGGUCUGCACGGAUGGCUAUGCUGCCCAGGGCUGGAUCUCCUACAUCAUGGACUCUAUACGACGGUAUUCUGAGUUUGUGGUGUCCUGUAUUCCCAGCUGGUUUUGGGGGCCCAUGGUGACAUUGGAGGACUGCCUGGCAGCAUUUUUCGCUGCUGAUGAACUGAAAGGAGACAAUAUGUACAGCUGUGAACGAUGUAAAAAAUUGAGAAAUGGUGUGAAAUAUUGUAAAGUUCUCCGUCUACCUGAAAUAUUGUGCAUUCACCUGAAGCGUUUUAGGCAUGAGGUCAUGUACUCAUUUAAGAUAAACAGCCAUGUAUCAUUUCCAUUGGAGGGUUUGGAUCUUAAACCCUUCCUGGCAAAGGAAAGCCCAUCUCAGAUUACUACCUACGACCUGCUGUCUGUCAUCUGUCACCAUGGCACUGCUGGCAGUGGUCAUUAUAUAGCAUACUGUCAGAAUGUGAUAAACGGACAGUGGUAUGAGUUUGACGAUCAGUACGUAACAGAGGUGCACGAGACCGUAGUGCAGAACGCUGAAGCAUACGUCCUCUUCUACAGGAAGUGCAGUGAGGAAUCGGUAAGAGAGAGACAGAAGGUUGUAGCUCUGGCUAAUUUAAAGGAGCCAAGUCUUCUGCAAUUCUACAUAUCCAGAGAAUGGCUUAACAAGUUCAACACGUUCACUGAGCCGGGGCCCAUUACCAACCAUACUUUCCUCUGUCAACAUGGAGGUAUUCCUCCAACUAAGAACCAUUACGUGGAUGAUCUGGUGGUGAUCCUGCCUCAAAAUGUGUGGGAAUAUCUUUAUAACAGGUUUGGGGGAGGACCGGCCGUAAAUCACUUAUAUGUGUGUCACAUCUGCCAGGUAGAGAUAGAGACAGUAGCCAAACGGCGGAAAAUGGAGAUUGACACUUUCAUCAAGUUGAAUAAGGAGUUUCAGGCCGAGGAAGCUCCUACGGUCAUUCUGUGCAUUAGCAUGCAGUGGUUCAGAGAAUGGGAGAACUUCGUCAAGGGCAAAGAUAAUGAGCCGCCAGGCCCUAUUGACAACAGCAGGAUUGCAGUAAUGAAAAGCGGAAAUAUCCAGCUCAAACAGGGAGCAGACUACGGACAGAUAUCUGAAGAAACGUGGCAGUACUUGUUAAGUAUUUAUGGCGGUGGGCCAGAGAUUGCUGUGCGGCAAACCAUCAGCCCCCCAGACACUGACACACAUGGAGAGAGGAAGAUAGAGGCAGAGACCAGAGCGCUCUAAAGUGGUGAUGAUGCCUUAUGGAUGGUUUAUGCUGACAUUUGUGUCUCACAAACACUUUUUGAACAUUUCUGUGGAUCUGUUAUCUGUGACUGACAGAGCUACCAUAGUGUAGGAAUUGGUCGUAUUAAGUAACUAAAUGAGCAGACACAUUAUUCAUUCAAAACAUUAAUGAACAAGAUUUAUUUGUGCGCAUCUGUGAUACACUUGUUUCGUCCAUGGGACUAAGGGCAAUGACGUGAAGCUAGUAUCUCAGUAUGUUAUUUCUUCGAUAAUGCAGAGGUAAAUUACAUGUUAUAAGCUGGACGUCUACUGUUACUCAAAAUGUAUGUUAGAGCUUGUUGCUGACUUCUGUGUAAGCAAAUUAGGGUUGAAAUUAGUACUGCAUGUUCAAAGCAGCUUUCCCUGGCACCUAGCUUUGACUUAAUCACAAUAAUUCAAACUACAUGACAGGGUCACAUAUUCAGAAUAAAAAUAGAGAAUGGUGUUAUUGUAAAUUCAAGUUUUUUUUAGUUAAUACAUUUUUAAACUCUUGCAGUAAACUAUUUACACAGCAAGUCCCAUUCGUAUACUUUCAACUAUUUCUUGGGUACAAAAAUAUAAAUACAAAAAUGAUUUCCUAUAACACUCAAAUUCUGUUCACACUAGCUGAUGUUUCAUUAGAAACACUUUCUAGGGGAAAAAAACUUAAGAUUGUUGUGUAACAAGAAGAAUACUGACUUUCACGUGUUAUUGCGCAAGUUCAAAUUCAUGCAUAAAAAUGAUUCCACUUUAAAGUAACAGGACAGGAUGUGAUGUCAUAGAUGGCUUUGCCUUUCAAUGCUGCUAGGAAAGGGUUUUUUAAACCUUCUUUUUUUGUUUACCCCAUUCAACUGACAUUCAAAUGAUUUUUUUACCAUAACCAUGUUAUUAGAACCCAUUUAUUUGAUUUGGAUGUUUAAAGUUCAAGAAAUGUUUUGUCGUCAUUAAGAUUAUGUUCUGUUUCAAAAUAUUAUGAAAUCCUCUGUUUUAAAAUGUAUAACUCCAGGCUGUGUCACAACCAAAGGAAGUGAAUCUUCCCUGAAUAUCCCGUGCUUGGUGCAACAGCUGGUUGCGUAAGCUAUUUGAGAUCAUCAGUAUUAAAAGGUCUUUAAAUCAUUUCCUCAGAAUGGUACAAACAUGUACCAGCUUCUUCAAAGGCUUGGUGUUACUCUAAACUAAAGUCUGCAUCAUAUUAAAUGUUGCAGUGUUUAAAUUAUGUUGCAUUUAAUAAUUAUACACUGUAAAAAUGAUUUGUUGGUUCAACUUAAAAAAGUAAGUAUUUUAAUUUAACUUAAAAUAUUAGUUGACUCAAAAAAUGGUGUUAAAUUUUGUGUCAACUAAUAUUUUUAAGUUGAAUUAAUUUAUUUUAAGGCAACCAGGUAACUUACUUUUUUAAGUUAAACCAACUUUUUUACAGUUAUACAAUUCCACAACCGAUAGUACUAAACUUUUGUAAGGGAACGUGCAAUGAGGUAGAUCAGAUGUGUUUGAAAUGCUAAUAGGAUAGCGUUAAAAUGUGUCUGUUUUUGAACAAUGUUUGUAUAUAAAUUGUGUACAUUUUUAUUUAUGAAUGUUUUUCUUUAAUGUAAGUUAAUUCUGCUGAAUUGUGUAUAUGAUAACAUGGCUACGUUUGAACACGAAGAAACUUGUUACAUUUUUGGUUGCAGGAACUUUCCAAGGUAACUUGUGAUGUCUUUUAAACUUAAGUGAUUUCAAUGAGAUGUGUAUGAAUUGACAAAUAGAAAUAAAGUCUGUUCUUUAUCAC